CCAAGCUCUGGCUUUUGGGCCCAGCCCACUGAGGUGAAUUCACCGAGUCACACGCGCACGCAGUCUGAGAACUAGCAGACGCAAAACCAGCCACCUGCUCCCCAUCUCCCUUCCCCCCAAAACGGUGGGGAGGAAACCUCUGGGCCCCUCCGUGUCCCCACGGCAGAGCCAUGGCCCGACCGGGCCGUCUGGAAGCCGCACCUCCCCGGGGCCCUGGGGCGGCUCUGCGGCCCGCGCCCGGGAGCCUCCGCCCCCUCCCCCCUCCCCGCGGCGCAGGGCCCGCACCGCGCCCGCCCGGGCCCCGCCGCCGCCGCGCGCCUCCCUCCCCCCCGCGGGCGGCCGGGCUCAGCCGGAGGGGGCGCCGAGCCGCGGCCCGGCUUCCUGCGCCCGGACCUGAGAGAGUGCUAAAGGCCCAGUGGGGAGGGGAUGGCGGUCCCGGCGAGAGGAAGGCUCCCCAUGCCAGGGGCUUACUCACCGCCAGUGAGGCCCAAUGUUCGAUCCAGCUUGAACCACAUCCCAUAAACAAGAUGGCGGUAGAGAGAUUGGCCUGUUCUCUGAGCCCAUGAGUGGUGAGGCCCCUUCAGGCCCAAAGAUGGGGAACAUCACCACAGACAACUCCUCGCUGAGCUGUACCAUCGACCACACCAUCCACCAGACGCUGGCCCCGGUGGUCUAUGUCACAGUGCUGGUAGUGGGCUUCCCGGCCAACUGCUUGUCCCUCUACUUCGGCUACCUGCAGAUCAAGGCCCGGAACGAGCUGGGCGUGUACCUGUGCAACCUGACAGUGGCCGACCUCUUCUACAUCUGCUCACUCCCCUUCUGGCUGCAAUACGUGUUGCAGCACGACCACUGGUCGCACGGAGACCUGUCCUGCCAGGUGUGCGGCAUCCUCCUCUACGAGAACAUCUACAUCAGCGUGGGCUUCCUCUGCUGCAUCUCCAUCGACCGCUACCUGGCCGUGGCCCAUCCCUUCCGCUUCCACCAAUUCCGCACCCUGAAGGCGGCCGUGAGCGUCAGCGUGGUCAUCUGGGUCAAGGAGCUGCUGACCAGCGUCUACUUCCUCAUGCACAAGGAGGUCGUGGAGGACGAGAACCAGCACCGCGUCUGCUUUGAGCACUACCCCCUGGAGGCAUGGCAACGCAGCAUCAACUACUACCGCUUCCUGGUGGGCUUCCUCUUCCCCAUCUGCCUGCUGCUGGCCUCCUAUCAGGGCAUCCUGCGGGCCGUGCGCCGGAGCCACGGCACCCAGAAGAGCCGCAAGGACCAGAUCCAGCGGCUGGUGCUCAGCACCGUGGUCAUCUUCCUGGUCUGCUUCCUGCCUUACCAUGUGCUGCUGCUCGUGCGCAGCCUCUGGGAGUCCAGCUGCGAGUUUGCCACGGGCAUCUUCAAUGCCUAUCACUUCUCGCUGCUCCUCACCAGCUUCAACUGCGUUGCCGACCCCGUGCUGUACUGCUUCGUCAGCGAGACCACCCACCGGGACUUGGCCCGCCUCCGAGGAGCCUGCCUGGCCUUCCUCACCUGCUCCAGGACCAGCCGGGCCAGGGAGGCCUACCCGCUGGGCGCCCCCGAGGCCUCUGGGAAAAGUGAGGAGCCGGAGCUGUUGAUGAAGCUCCACUCGGCCUUCCAGACCCCUAACUCAUCUGGAGUGGGAGGGUCCCCCACAGGUGGGCUGGCCUAGCCCGGGUCAGGUGUGGGGCGAAGUGAGGCCUGAGCUUGCUUGUCGGCCGCUGCCCACUUUGCCAAGUGCAGCGCCUCUUUCUGCUGGAGGGGACGAUGGGCCUGGGUCACUGGGCCUGGACCUGUGCUGCAGCAAGACCUCUCCGGUUCCAGGCAGCCUGCUCUAGUUGCUGAGCUCGAUGGGGCUUUUGAGUGUGGGGGUAAGCCCCCAGCUCAUGGGUAUCGUCUCCUGCCAGCUGGGCUGCUGGUGGGAGGAACACAGUGAACUGUCAUCUCCAGGAGGUUUUCAGAGGGAAGCUGGGGUGGGGGGUGAAGAGUGCGAGGACAUGGAGAAAGGGGGCUUGGGAGAUGAGGGUGGGUGCCUGCGUGUGCACCUGCAAGGGCUUUCCAGUGCUGUUGUUGUCACAGAUGACCUCCGUCCAAACGCACUGGUGUUAUCUGAGGAGGUGACACAUGAAACUGUAUGUCAUGGAUAACACUUGAGUCCCACCCCACAAAAGGGUGGGAAGGAAGAUGAGUGGGGCCAGGAGGUUGGAUGGGGAGAAGGAAGGUGGAGAGGCAUUUGGGGCACUGGGAGUGCGGGGAAUGGGGACAGUGGGAGGAGUGACAGGCAGAGAGACCCCAACUCCAGCCCCGUCACAAUUUCACAGAGAGAGUUGAGCAGAUUCCCCAAGCCCCAAGGCUGAUGGAGAACAAAUCCCAAGGCUCCCUGGGCCUCCCUGGGGCGAUGUCUGUGGUUCUUUAAAAAGUCAGUACUGACGCUCAGGUGUCGGGACAGAGGCCUAAAGCCAGGCUGUCUACCGAGUUCUCUACACACAAUUCCUCCUAAUUCAUUUUCUGUUUCCAUCUGCCCAGAAGCACCAGAUCCAGAAGCCUGGGAGUGUGUAAGUGUGUGUAUAUGUAUGUGUUCACGGUUAAAAUGCCAGGGUCUCCAUGAAAGCUGUGUGCCAAGACGUGGAGGCUAGGGUCAUGUGACUGCUGGCAGUGUUACCCCCCAGCCCCUGCCUCUGUCCCCAGCCUCACACACUGUGGAGUGUUUAGCAGCCUCAGAGAAGAGCAUGACAUUCUCCCCAAGUUCUUAGAUACAACAAAACAAACAAAACAGAGACGUGCUCUCUGCCAUCUCUCAGCACAAAGGCCUGGGGUUUAGCUCCACUAUGGUUUACAUAGGCCAAGGAGAGGAGGUGGCCCUUGGCUCACCUUGCCUCCUCUGUCCUCCCAGCACUGCUCCUUUGCCAGAUGUCCCACCUGUCCCACCUGGAGAGUGAUAGUGGGCCUGUGGGCCAUGUGCCGGCCAGGGUACUGACCGCCAUCUUUUUUUCUGUCCUGGAACGCUGGGUACAGGGCUCAUCUCUCCUGUAGCUUUGUGCCUGACGAUGUUGAGCCCCAGCCUAGUGAAUAUACCAAGGACCAGAAGAGCUUCUUGCUGCUCUAGGGACCUUCCCACCUUUAUAGAAAUGGUAGCCCUUCAGAUUUCCUGACUUGCCUCAAAAGCCUGGGAUUCAAGCUCCUUACAGCCAAGGAGCAAGGUGGACUCAAGCCUGGGAAGGUAGAAGCUGACAUCAGUAGAAUAUUUCAGGAAUCUGCUAAAGGGAGAGCCAGGGAGAAUCUCCUCCUCAAUCUCUCUUCCCUUCCCUUCCCCCAUCUCCAAGAAGUAGACAUACCCUGAGUCUCUUAACCCUCCCAUCAGGGGUGCCCAGAAGCAGAUAGCCCAGGCUGGAUGUACCACAGGGAAGUGUGGUUACUGGGGCCCCAGGGCCACACUUGGCCCUUACGGUGGGCCUCCCAUAACUUGGGGAAGUUCUCUUCCCAUUCCUGGAGGAGGACGUGACCAGGUCUGAAGGUGGCAGAAAUGGCUACACAGCCAAGAAGAGUCCCCCCCACCCCCACCCCCAGUGCCAGCCCCUGAUCUUACUGGGGCAACGGCACUGGUUGAGCCCUCCAGGCUUCGUCAUUCCACAGCACUUUCCCCUCUUUUGACCUUCAACAUGGCCAUUCCCACUGGGAUGGACUAGGAUGAGCUGAAGGCAUUUCCAUUUACUAUCAAGAGUUGUAUUUUUGUAUUGUCCUCUCUUUUAUGCCAAGUAUGCGAAUUUUGGACUGUGCAAUGGAAUUGUGUAGCAAACUUGAGUCUGCAAAUAAAGCAAAGUAAC